AUGGCCCACCAGGCCCGCGGGGAUCAAUCCUUCACCUCCGCCCAAGUCUCCAGCUUAUGCUCCCUCAUUCCCACCUCCGACUCCGACCUCUCCUGGCCUUUCGGCAGGCUCGAUGGCCUCGACCGCCAUGACCUCCGGGAGACCGCUUACGAGAUUUUCUUCACCGCUUGUCGCUCAUCGCCAGGGUUUGGUGGUCGGACCCCUCUCACGUUCUACUCUUCUCAUGAUCACACCGAUGGCGGGAAUAGUAGCUCGGUUAACGGGACACCUUCCGGACAGGGCAAGACCUAUGGGGUGGUCAUGAGUCCGACGAGUCGGGUCAAGCGAGCCCUGGGGCUGAAGAUGCUCAAGAGGUCUCCUUCCAGGAGGAUGUCGGCCAUUGGCGGAAAUGGGGGUGGUGGGUCGGCGCCAUCUUCGCCGAGUGCUCACACGCACGGGUCAAGCCCGUCAAAUGUUAAUUUCUCGACGUUGCCGGCGUCGAGGGCACGGCGGCCGUUGACCUCAGCAGAGAUCAUGAGGCAGCAAAUGAGGGUGACAGAGCAGAGCGACAAUCGGCUUAGAAAAACGCUCAUGAGAACUCUUGUUGGCCAAAUGGGUAGACGAGCAGAGACAAUAAUUCUGCCGUUGGAGCUUCUUCGACACUUAAAACCGUCUGAAUUCAACGAUUCCCACGAGUACCAUUUUUGGCAAAAACGCCAGCUUAAAAUUUUAGAAGCCGGUCUUCUCCUUCACCCCUCAAUUCCUCUUGACAAAUCCAACAAUUUUGCAAUGCGUCUACGUGACAUCAUUCGAGCUAGCGAAAACAAACCCAUUGACACUGGUAAAAACUCUGACACCAUGCGCACCCUCUGCAACAGCGUGGUUUCCUUGUCAUGGAGAAGCACCAAUGGCAACCCUACGGAUGUUUGCCAUUGGGCUGAUGGGUACCCUUUGAACAUCCACCUCUAUGUUGCUCUCCUCCAAUCCAUAUUCGAUAUCAGGGACGAGAUGCUUGUUCUUGAUGAGGUUGAUGAGCUUCUAGAGCUGAUGAAGAAGACAUGGUCUACACUUGGGAUCACUAGGCCCAUUCACAAUGUGUGCUUCACCUGGGUCUUAUUCCAGCAAUAUGUUGCUACCUCUCAAAUGGAACCUGAUCUUCUCAGUGCCUCUCAUGCUAUGUUGGCUGAAGUCGCUAAUGAUGCUAAAAAGCCUGACAGAGAAGCUCUGUAUGUGAAGCUUUUGACCAGCAUGUUGGCUUCCAUGCAAGGGUGGGCAGAGAAGAGGCUGCUUAACUAUCAUGAUUUUUUUCAAAGAGGAAAUGUUGGCUUAAUCGAGAGCCUCUUACCUCUGGCAUUAUCGUCAUCCAAGAUUUUGGGAGAGGAUGUGACAAUCACUGAAGGGAAAGGACAAGAGAAAGGAGAUGUAUUGUUGGUUGAUUCUUCAGGGGACCGCUUGGAUCACUACGUCAGAAGUUCAUUGAAAAAUGCAUUUGCCAAGGUAAUAGAAAAUGUAAGGGCUAACUUCACAGCAACUGAAGGAUCAGAAGAAGAAGCCCAGCUUCUACUUCAAUUAGUAAAAGAAACAGAGGAACUCGCCUUGAGAGAGAGAGAAUGUUUUAGUCCUAUACUCAAGAAGUGGCACUCUGUUGCUUCAGGGAUUGCGGCUGUGAUGCUACACCAAUGCUACGGCUCGGUGUUGAUGCAAUUUCUAGCAGGGAGAACUGUUAUCUCUGCAGAAACUGUCGAGGUCUUGCAGAGAGCUGGGAAGCUUGAAAAGGUUUUGGUCCAAAUGGUGGUUGAAGACUCCACUGAGUGUGAAGAUGGAGGCAAAGGGCUUGUACGAGAGAUGGUUCCGUACGAGGUUGAUUCGAUUAUAAUGAGGUUGUUGAGACAGUGGAUUGAGGAGAAACUAAAGGCAGGGCAAGAAUGUCUUCACAGAGCAAAACAAGCUGAAACAUGGAAUCCAAAGUCCAAGUCAGAUCCCUACGCACAAUCAGCUGGGGAGAUGAUGAAAUUGGCCAAGGACGCCAUAGAUGACUUCUUUGAAAUCCCAAUAGGAAUUACAGAAGACUUAGUUCAUGAUCUUGCAGAGGGUCUAGAGCGUCUCUUCCAAGAGUACACCACCUUCGUUGCAUCAUGUGGAUCAAAACAGAGUUACAUCCCUGCACUCCCUCCUCUAACAAGAUGUAACCGGGACUCCAGGUUCCUCAAGCUCUGGAAACUAGCAACUCCAUGCAGUGCUGCAUCAGAAGAACUACAACAACAUGUGUUAAAUGCUGGACACCAUCCUCGUCCGUCGACAAGUCGUGGAACUCAGCGCCUUUAUAUCCGCCUUAACACCUUACACUAUCUAGGCAGUCAUCUGCAUGCCUUGGAUAAAGCCCUUUCCCUCUCACCAAGGAUUCUUCCUUCAACUCGCAACCGUUUCAGGCACCGUAGUAACUCAUCUUCCUAUUUUGAAUACACCUAUGCAGCCCUUGAUUCUGCCUGCCAACAUGUAUCAGAAGUAGCUGCAUAUCGCUUAAUCUUCCUUGACUCAAAUCCCGUCUUCUACGACAGCCUUUACCUUGGCGAUGUAGCCAAUGCCAGGAUAAAACCAGCACUUCGAAUCAUGAAGCAGAACCUCACUCUCAUGGGUGCAAUUCUUGCGGAUCGAGCCCAAGCUUUGGCGAUGAGGGAAGUUAUGAAAGCCUCAUUUGAAGCAUUCCUGAUGGUUUUACUCGCAGGAGGACACUCUCGGGUGUUUCAUCGAGCUGAUCACGAGAUGAUUGAGGAAGAUUUUGAGCACCUAAAGCGAUUAUUUUGCGCUUGUGGGGAAGGAUUGAUACCAGAAGAAGUUGUAGACCGGGAAGCAGAGACAGUGGAAGGGGUGAUAGGAUUGAUGGGGCAACCAACUGAGCAACUCAUGGAAGAUUUCAGCAUUGUUACGUGUGAAACAAGCGGGAUAGGAGUUAUGGGAACAGGACAGAAGUUGCCGAUGCCACCAACAACUGGAAGAUGGAACAGGUCAGAUCCCAACACAAUAUUAAGGGUUUUGUGUUACAGGAAUGAUCGAGCAGCAAACCACUUCUUGAAGAAAUCAUUCCAAUUGGCAAAGAGAAGAUGA